GUGGCAGCUGGUGGAGCAGAGCAUGAGGCAGAGCAGAGCAGCAGCAGGACAGGCUUUGGCCAGGACUGUGAAAGGAGCUGAGAACGCUGUGGAGAACACACCUGACUCCUCCAAGUGUAGAUAUGUUCGAUAACUCCCACUACCCAUUCAACUGCUUCAACUACGAUGGAGACGGAUACCCUUCCUCCAGCACGGAUGAAGACAAGAAAAUGUGCAGACCUGCGUACAGCUACAUCGCUCUGAUCGCCAUGGCCAUCCAGCAGAGCCCCGAGCAGCGGGUCACUCUGUCGGGCAUCUACGAGUUCAUCAUGAAGAGGUUCCCCUACUACCGCUCCAACCAGAGAGCGUGGCAGAACUCCAUCAGACACAACCUGUCCCUCAACAGCUGCUUCAUCAAGGUUCCUCGGACAGAAGGGAAUGAAAAGGGAAAAGGAAACUACUGGACUUUUGCCACUGGCUGUGAAUCCAUGCUUGAUCUGUUUGAAAACGGCAACUUUCGGCGUCGCCGGCGCAGGAGGAACAUGAAAAUUGGCCUCCGUGAUUCAGCAGAAACACCUUUUCAUCCUUUGGAGACCGCGCACAGCAAUCAGCAUGGACCUGCAGCUCGCCGCCCUGAAGCUGACUCGAACACCCUGUGUCCUUUGAACCCUGAAAGGCAGAGGCCGGGCACUCAUCAGCAAAACCCCCAAAUCCCCAACCCCACCCAGGGGAAACCAGAGUCUGAGAUCAAGUUUAGCAUUGACUACAUCCUGUCCACUCCAGAUCCACCACUACCUGGGUUCAGAUCCUCCUCCCAUGGCCCUGUACACAUAGGGCCACAUAUGGGGCCGUCCAUACAUGUUCUGGAACCCCAACACCUCAACCUGCACUUCUGGACUCUGUGAAAGAGAGAGAAAAAAAGAACAGACUGAAAUUUAGUGUUAUUUCUUCAUCUGUGUCCAAAACUGGAAAACAAGGAUGGACAAAGACCAAACUUCUACACAAGUAAAGCUGAAAUUGUAAAGAGAAGAAGAACAAAGUACAGAGGUACAAUACUGAGCAGUGGAUUCUAGAUGGAAAAAUAUCUCUCUGAGAAAACACCGUGCUGUUAGCAUUCAUCCAAAGUAUAAAAUGUGAACAAUGCAGACCUUUACAGCACUCAUAUUGUCAUUAUACUGUAUGUGUAGUGUGGAGUGUUGACAUAGAUUAGGUUUACAGUAUCCGCAUUAUGUAUACACAACCAUAGACCACUGAGGCAAAGAAUAGGGAGCACUUUCUGCCAAGGCACCACUUACAAACGACUAGUGCGUUGACCCGUAGGGAACCACAGGUUCUAGAUGUGGCAGUUUUUAUGUAAUAAACGUACCUCUGAUACAGUUCAUUCCUUUACUUUCUUGGUAAAUUCCAUUGGCAUUUUCAGUUGAAUAACCUCUCAGCUGGCAAGUCUGUUUCUGCACAUGAAAGUUGACACCAUGGCAACGUGGCCCUAUUGUUUAUCCAUUGCAAGGUAACCCACUUCAAUUCUAUGAUUCUAUGAUUUAGGGCAUAGCAGUGUGAUUGUAAGGCUAUUGUAUUCCAAAAUUACUAAUAUCUCCCAAAAUAUUGGUCCUAUCAACUUGCCGUUUUUUCUAGCCUCUUCCUUGACCAAAAAUACAUAACUUGCCAAACUGUAGCAGUCAGCUCUUUCCGGAUUUUGUGUGAUGCCCAGGACACACACACAGAGUCCAUUUCCCUUUUAUAACAUAGAUGAUUUUAAGUUCAUUUGCUCAUAGAUGACAAAUAACUUCUUUGUGUUGCCAGUUCAUCCACUGUGCACCACUGUAAUGUUUGUUAUAUCUGAUUCCAUCAGUUUUCCAGAGACAGCACAAGGCUACAAGGUGUUUGAACAUGUAACAAUGAAACUGAAUUAUUGAAAACUAUUUUAUUAAAGGUUCGGUGUCCAACAUCUAGUGACACCUAGUGGUGAGGCUGCAGAUUGCUGAGCUUCCCCUUCCUACACCUAUACUGCCCACAAAAACUGCCAUCAAGCAAUAAUCAUCAUUAAGGCCAAGCUAUACUGGCAACACGUCAUAUAAAAGCUAGAGAGGUGCAAAAUACUUCUAAAAGAUAAAAUAUAAAGUGUUAUUCAUUCAAAAUGAUUCGUACUACUCUGAUAUCCAAGAACAUACAUUUGAUGGUAAAACCAUUAUGAUAUAAAAAAGAGGUUUGAAAAAAUUUAAUGACUUACAAAUUAAUUGCACAAAAAAAAUCUUCAUGUGUAAUAGACUGUGGAAAUAUCUUACAGUUGUAAUACCACACAUGACCAUUAGGGGGUUGCUCCAGAAAAGCUGCCACUCCCAUAAAUUUAGAUUGACUUCUCUCUAAAAAUACUAUGUUGAGGAUUUUAUUUCAGGUGUCAAGUCUCAUCUGUUUUAUUUGGAAAGUAAUGUCAGUUUAUGUAAUAAAACUAAUUAUUUACAGGCAGAUAGCUCCUGUAGUUGUGGUUCAUAGCAUUCACUAACAAGACUGUAAAAUGACUUUGUUACCAAGUGACCAAAUGUGGUUACUUCCAUCUCUAAAAAACAACAUGGUGAUGGCCAUGUCACAAACUACUGGCUUCAAAACAACAGUUCCAAAGACAAUGGGUGAUGUCACAGGUACUCUGUCCACUAGUCCUAUAGUCUAUGGAACCUCAAACAUAGUAGGUGAUCUUCAUUCAUUCACUCAUUUUCCAAACCACUUAGUCCUUGACAAGGGUGGAGCCUGUCCUGGGUCCCACUGGGGAAAGUGUUGCUAAGUUCAUGACAGGGCUGACAUAUACAUACAUACAUUUAGAUGAAUAACCAUUCACUCAAACAUCCACACUGAAGACACGUUUGCAUGUUGUCCCCGUGUCUUUGUGGGUUCUCUCAUGUACUCCAGGUCCUCCCACCACCCAAAGACAUGCCGUUAACAGGUUAACUGGUCGAUCUAAAUCACCCCAGUACAGGGGUAGCCAACCCUGGUCCUGGAGAGCCACUAUCCUGCAUGUUUUAGAUGUUUCCCUCUUCCAACACACCUGAUUGAAAUGAUAAGCCUAUCAUCCAGCUCUGCAGAAGCCUGAUAAUGACCGUCAGGUGUGCUGGAAGAGGGAAACAUCAAAAACAUGCAGGAUAGUGGCUCUCCAGGACCAGGGUUGGCCACCCCUGCCCUAGUAGGUAACCAUAAUCCAUCUUAACACUGGAUGGUACCUCUAUAAAACAGAAAAAAGAACCACUCAGUUUGGAACCACAUUAGAUACAUGGUGGACUCCUUCCGUUGUAAUAAAUGAUUGAGUCUAAGGUGACAAAAUUCCAUUUUUGCUUAAUUGUGAAUAUUAUUGUCUACAUCUGCAGUUAGACCCACCAAAUGUUGUGCACUGGAUGUUUAACUGGUUGUUUAAUAUAUCUGCAGACCUGCCAACUGGAAAGUGUCAAAUCAAAUUGAAAUUGCUGUUUUUUGGGAGGGUUGGGGUGGGGGCAGAUGUUCUUAAACUUGAACCCAAAUGUAAUUGUUGAAAAUGGUUUUUAAAUGAGACAAACAUUUAUCAGUCUUGUGAUGUAAAGCCAUUAGCAAUGUCAUAAAAGACCAUGUUUAUAAUGCUUGUAAAGAUGUCCUAGGACAUAUGUAAUGCUUUAAAAAAUCAUGAUAGGACUACUUUAAAAUAUCUAAGAUAUUCCCAUAUGAUGAAUGUACUCUGAAUGUCAUGGUUUACCUUUGGUACUGCUAAUUUCUACAGCCUGAAAAUGUGCGAGUACUGACAAAUUCAGAGGACGCUUUCAUUUCUUUCUUAGUUACUUAUUAAUAAUUUCAUUUUAUUACAUUUUUUUUUCAGAUGAAACAGGCAUUUACAGGUAUCCUUUGGCUUGACAACCUUCUUCUUCUACUUUACUCCAGUUGCAGGAUCACUGAUCUAAAACCCAAUGGCUGCUGCCUCCUUUGCUCUGCCUCCUGCCUGUGCUAAUUUUUUCAUUGACCUUUUGAAAUCCUGAUUGACUGACACUUAAAUUCUAAUCCAGUCACUCACUAUUAUAACAUAUUAUUUUCAUACACUUAAAAAGACUCCUAACAAACCAAGGUCUGGCUAACAUUUAUUUGCUGUACAAAGGAGAUCAAUCAUGGCGUGUUCCUGUGCCGUUGAAGGGACAUUUUUCAAUUUAACCUUUAUAUUAUGUCUUGACUACAUCAGAGAAGGGUUUCAACACACUUAACAUGAGUGGCAUUUAAUAUAGCAUAACACUUGCAAGGUGAGACCGAGAUGUGACCCUAUUUAAAUACGGGGGCCCCUGCCUGAGCCUUAACAGCAGCACCUCCCCCCACCUCCUCGCCCAAACCCCUGACGCAAUUAUAAUUAAACACACCUUAUGCCUCCUUUGCAAAUGCCCCUCAUCGAUCUGUGGGUUUUUAACAUUCAUAUGUGAACUGCCCCCCAGCAAACGUCUGCAGCAGCACAAGCGUUUAUGGAUCAGCAAGUUUCCAUUAACAAAGUUGUUGAUGUUGAAUAGCGAGCUGCUGCCGCCACCAUGCCGUGGAUAUAUUUGGGUAAAUUAACUUAGCAUAAAGUGCUCCGAGGCUACAGGGGUCUUUUGAGGCAGCUAAAGAGAAAGCAAGGCACCAGUCAGGCCCGAAAAGUCAAUGCACAUAUUAUGUUGUCAGUGGAUGUGUGAAACUGUAGCUACUGGCACAGUGGCCUCUAUUAUUAAAGCGCUCUUCUAAAUUCACCUGUUUGGUUUCUCUCAUACCCUCCACCACUUUGUUCCAGUUGUUUAUAAUUACCUGCACCAUAAUGUUUCUCAUUUACAGAGUGUAUUUUCCUUGAGAGUGAUAACUUCCCAGCUGGAGCUCACUUGUAAGGGCGGCUGCCAGGUAAAAUGAGCAGCUCAGGGCAAGAAACAGUGGAACUGCACGCGGAGGAAAAUUGGGAAACCAGCGAUGUGCAACGUUAAUAAAAGUAAAGCAUAAACACAAAUAGGUCAUUUAAUGUUGAGUGCUUGUUUGGCGAUUGGAUUGUGGGAAUGAAGAUAAAUAUUAACACAUUGUUUAAUGAGGAGGUGUAAUUUUUUUUUUUAACUGUUUCCUUGAGCUGUGGCUGGAAGUGUGAAUGAACUGGAUAUCAGUGUGAGCUCAAAGCUAAUGAAGAUCAGUGAAAUAGCCUGAGGGUUUUGACAUACACACAUCCCUGCCCUUUGCCAUUUCGGUGCCGCGUUCACGUGCUGCAGGAGAACGCACUUUGAGGGUGGAAUAUGCUAUUAUUUUUUAAAUGGCUGCAAGUGUAUGUGGCAGUAAUGAGAAAAUCAAGCAUGUCAGUCAAUGGCGGUAGCGGACAUGUUUACAUUUCUGUUUUAUUUGCACUUCAGAUCCUUGCAGACUUUGCAAAGAUGUCCCUGCUAGGAAUACUGCGACAGAGGUGGCUGACUGGAGGCGAUCACAAAAUGGAAAAUAGGCC